AAUCUGAAGAAGGAUCUGGAGCAUAAAGACCACUAUAAGGAGGCCAGAGGGCUGGUGGACUCACCUCCUCUUGCUCCUUGUGUCCUGCCAGCCCAUCUGCGGGGUCCCCACACCCUGGUCUCCCCAGGGACAUCCAAACUGAGGAUUCUGCAGGUCUGCGCCACUGCUGGGCACAGCGGGGCUAUGGAGACCUGUCUUCUGCAGCUGCUUCUGCUGGGGGCGGCUGCCUUGGCUGCAUCUGCUCUGGAGACCGCCGACCUGGCGGCCCGGUGCGGGCGGACGUGGCAGGGGGCCGGGCUGCUGCUGCGCUCGCACGCCGCCUCGCGCACCUCCUACUUCGUGGCCCGGGACGCCGACUGCGCGCUCUGGAUGCGGGCGGCGGCCGCCGGCGACAGGAUCCGCUUCCAGUUCCGCUUCUUCCUGGUGUACAGCUUGGCCGCGGCGGCCCCGGGGUCCCCGGCGCCCCCCGCCGCCGCCUCCUCCGCCGCCGCCGCCUCCUCCGCCUCCGCCUCCUCCGCCUCCGCCGACCCCUGCGCCCCCGGCUCGUACGUGCAGUUCUACGAGGGCCCGCCGGGGGCGCCGCGGCCCCUGGGCGCCCGGGUGUGCGGCCGCAGCAUCCCCGCCGCCGUCGCGUCCUCCGGGCCCGUCCUGGGCCUCCGCCUGCGCACCCGGGGCCGCCAGCCCCGCGUGGCCUUCGUGGGCGAGGCCACCUCCUUCCGGCUGGGAUCCUGUGGUGCCUACUUCCGCUGUCAGAACGGCAGGUGCAUCCCCCCGAGCCUGGUGUGCGAUCGCUGGGGCGUGGACAACUGUGGCGACGGUAGUGACCAGGCUUCCUGGCCACCAGCCAACUGCAGAGGUCCCUCGCUGGCGCCCAGCCAGGCAGGGAGAACAGACGGCCCUCCGCCCAGGCCCCUGACGCUCUCCCCGGCUCUCGGGUCUGCAGGUCCCCUCCAGGUGGCCGCCGGGAGGAGCCCCCUCGCAGGCCGGGCCCCCGAACAGCAGGAUGCCGCAGCCCCUCCAGGAGGUAGGUGUCUCUUGCUUCCCACCUGCUCCCACUCCUCCCACCAGGCAGACGCUCAACCGCUGAGCCACCCAGGCACCCCUCUCCCUUUCCUUCUGCAGGUCCCAGGCUCCGGGCCCCGGCGCUGGUCUCCUCGCUGGUCCUGGCCUCUGCGGGCCUCCUCCUGGGCCUCCUCUGGUGCUGCUGUGCCUCCAGCCGGCUGGCCCGGCAGGCUGGUGCCCGUGGCCUCUGCCCCCGCUGCAGCAUCUGUCCGUGUCCUGGCCAGGUGGCUCCUGGGGGGCUGCAGCCCAGUGGCCCGGCCUUCCAGGGCCAGGGAGGACGUCCCUAGAGGCUGUGGCUUCAGAAAAAGACUGGGCUCUGGGGUCAGAUGGACAUAGGGUUGUGCCUCAGCCCCAGGAGGGCCGUCUGACCUUGGACAGGUCACGUAACCCUCAGACUCGGUCUACUCCUCUGGAAAAUGGGAAGAUUCCUGCCUCCUGGUUGUUGUGAAAUACACGGGAGCUAACCGGCCUUGUAGCCCUGCUGGAUCCAUCAAGGGUGGGGAGCAGGGGCCUUGCUUGGCUCCCAGAGCUCACCU